GGAAAAGGCAACUAAACAUGAAGCUAGUGAACUCAAACUCCAUUUCUCGAGUUUUCUAUUAAAUCCGAGUCGACUCGGACUGACUUGAAUCUCGCAGUUCAUUUUCUUGUUAACAUACUCAUUACUCAUAACGAAUUAGCAUACUCUAGGCUUCCUCCCUUCUUCCGACUCAAUCUUUCUCAACCUUCUUCAAUGGCGGAUUCUCAGACUGCCAACGAUGCCGCUCAAACACUACGAGUGAGUGUGAAAUGGCAAAAAAAGGUGUUUCCUGAGAUGGAAAUUGAUACUAGUCAGCCCCCUUAUGUUUUCAAGUGUCAGUUGUAUGAUUUGACAGGAGUCCCACCUGAAAGGCAGAAAAUUAUGGUAAAAGGUGGUUUAUUGAAGGAUGAUGCUGAAUGGGCAUCUGUUGGAGUAAAAGAGGGGCAACGACUGAUGAUGAUGGGGACUGCAGAUGAGAUAGUUAAAGCUCCUGAAAAAGGACCUGUUUUUGUUGAGGAUCUUCCAGAGGAGGAACAAGUGGUCGCUGUGGGUCAUUCUGCUGGUCUUUUUAAUUUAGGAAAUACAUGCUACAUGAACUCCACAAUUCAAUGCUUGCAUUCAGUUCCUGAGUUGAAAUCCGCCUUAUUGGAGUAUUCGCAGUCUGGCCAAAACAAUCAGUUAGAUCAAACUUCUCAUCUCUUGACUGUUGCAACAAAAGAUUUGUUUAGUGAUCUCGAUAAAAAUGUCAAACCAGUGGCUCCUAUGCAAUUCUGGAUGGUAUUGCGUAAAAAGUUCCCUCAGUUUGGCCAGCAGCAUAAUGGUGCUUUUAUGCAACAGGAUGCAGAGGAAUGCUGGACACAGCUCUUGUACACCCUAUCCCAAUCUCUUAGAUCUCCCAGUACAAGUGGGAGUCUCAACUAUGUGAAGCGCCUUUUUGGUAUCGAGCUUGCUAGCAGGGUAAACUGUCAAGAAAGCGGUGAAGAAAGUAUGGAGAUGGAAUCAACGUUUGCUCUAAAAUGUCACAUAUCACAUGAAGUGAACCAUUUGCAUGAGGGGCUAAAGCAUGGUCUGAAAUCUGAGUUAGAAAAGAAUUCACCUGCAUUGGGGCGCAGUGCAAUCUACAUAAAGGAGUCACAUAUCAGUGGUCUACCAAGGUAUUUGACCAUUCAAUUUGUCCGUUUUUUCUGGAAGAGAGAGUCAAAUCAGAAGGCGAAAAUAUUGCGGAAAGUUGAUUACCCUUUAGAGUUGGACGUUUAUGAUUUGUGCUCAGAUGAACUCAAAAAGAAACUAGAAGUUCCCCGUCAGAUUCUAAGAGAUGAAGAGGGUAAAAAAUUGGGUCUCAAACCUAGCAAAAAAAGUUCUGAUAAGGACAAUGAUGUCAAGAUGGUUGAUGCAGAGGGUUCUCUAAACGGGAGUGGAGAGUCUUCUAGUGCAACCUCUCUAGAAGCAGCUCCAUCUGAAAAAGAGAUGCAGUUGACUGGAGUUUACGAUUUAGUCUCCGUAUUAACCCACAAAGGUAGAAGUGCUGAUUCAGGGCACUAUGUUGCUUGGGUGAAGCAAGAGAGUGGAAAGUGGAUAGAAUACGAUGAUGACAAUCCAAUUCCUCAACGAGAAGAAGACAUUGUGAAGCUUUCCGGAGGAGGUGAUUGGCAUAUGGCAUACAUUUGCAUGUACAAGGCCAGAGCUACCCCAAUGUAAUUCUAGUUUGAGUAGAGUCUGAGUCGUGUCAUGUCGUAUCUUAUCAUAAGUUAUAAAUAUCUUUAAUUCACUUGUAUGGAUUUGAUUCAAUGGAGACCGCCGAGGGAACGUUUUUUGGCCACCCUUUUGGUCCAGUGAUGUUAUUGUAACUUUUUCUUUCUCUUCUUUCUGAUUUUACGGAGCUUAAAUUAUAUGCACCGGUGCGCAUGUAUAAUAUAUGCAGACAUACACUAUACGUCUAUAUCAUUGAUCAAUAUUAAUAUAAUCUUCAAGUGUCGUGUGUUGCAA